AUGGAUCUAAUAGACUUGUCGCAGCAUCCCGACGACGGCAGGGAGAGUACAGGCACUGAAAAACAAGCCCGCAUGGAAGAAAGGCACAGCCGCAGCGACCAUCAUACUUGGGUUAACUUACAGGACGAUAUAGACCCAAAAGAAGCCAGCCUUCUGGAGGAACAAUAUUGGAAUUUUGAUGAAAAUCCGGGAGAUAACUUCCCCCUCCUGGAUGGGCUAUUUGAAUCUCCAAGUUCAGCUAUUGCGGACGCCUAUCAAAUAGGCAGCAGCGAUAGGCAGACGCUGGGAGAUUUAAUGUGGAAUGAAGUUAGUAGAAGUAGCUGUGAGACUGACCUGCUAUCUAGGGCUCAAAACGAAAGCCAACAUGAUUUCGAUACCAAAAAUGGUAACGAGAACUCUUUCAAGAUCAAGCCUCCUUUAUCGAGGCGGAAAUCGAAUCCCUUUUAUAGUCCGUCUCAACAGAUUUUGGAGAUGGUCAAGAAGAGAAAAAGGAGCAAAACCGCUAGGGUAUCGAGAAGUCAAUCAAGCUCAACAGUACCGACAUUGCGACAGAUCGAAAAGGUCCGCGGUGGUAGGACAGUCUGCAGAAAAAGUGGAAAUAGUGAUUUUCGACAUCACGACAAAUGGGGGCAGAUAAGCCCAGAUGCAGGAUCAUCUGAGCGGGGACCUUUAUCAUGA